AAAAGGAAAAAGCAGACGUAAGGUAGAGAAUGAACGGAUAAUUGGUUGAAGAAGUUGGGGGGAGGGCACACGAGCCAAGAAGAUCGCGUCAAUUUUUAUUCACGGCUAUCUCGUAUAAUUCAUACAGAAGAACAACACACUCUGCUAGCGAAUUAAUCAGACGAUAUCCAAAUCCCGGAAAAAAACAUGGCUGCCAUUGCAACUGCAGAAGUUUGUGAUACAAAUGUAUCAUAUUUGGCAAAUGGUGAUCUGCGUGUGCUGCAACCAAUCUUCCAGAGUUAUGGGCAGCGUCGAACAUUCUCUGGCCCUGUCGUCACUCUCAAGGUGUUUGAGGACAAUGUAUUGGUGAGGGAGCUUCUUGAAACCAAGGGUGAAGGAAGAGUUCUGGUUGUAGAUGGUGGAGGAAGCAUGAGAUGUGCUUUGGUAGGAGGGAAUAUAGGACAAUUGGCUCAAAAUAUGGGGUGGGCUGGUGUUGUAGUAAACGGCUGCAUUAGAGAUGUUGAUGAGAUUAAUGGAUGUGAUAUUGGGGUGAGGGCCUUGGGACCUAAUCCUGUGAAAUCCAAUAAAAAGGGCAUUGGUGAAAUGUAUGUCCCUGUACACAUUGCAGGAACCUUGAUUCGUGAUGGGGAAUGGCUGUAUGCAGAUAGUGAUGGCAUCCUUGUCUCCAAAUCUGAGCUUUCGAUCUGAAGCAUCUUUUUUCAAGAAUUGCACUUCGAGGACGCCAUGAAUAAGAGAACUCAGUGAUGAAAUCAGGAGUUUUCCAAGUUUGUCAGAGAUCUCCAGGGAAUGAGUUUUGAAGUGUAGUUUUUUCUGGUAUUGGUUUUAUUGUUGUUCCACAUUAAUAUUGAAGUUUUUAGACCAAACAACAAAACAUUGAAAUUGGCUUUAAAAUAUUUAAGAAGCAAAAUAAAGAAAAUAUAGUUAGUUUUUUAAAA